AUGAAAGGCAAAGAAAGGUCGCCGAUUAAAAAGCGCUCUCGGGCUUUGGAUGAUAUCCGAGAUAGGGGAGGAGGCCAUCCGCCCAGCAAGAAAAUGGGGGCUAUCUCGGUUUCCAGUGGGAGCAAUAAUGGAAAUAGCUCGACUAAAAGUGACGCAGGAUCUACGAGAAGGAGUUUGUUGGGCGAAAAGAGAGACAGGGAUUUUGACGGGCAUGUUUCCAGUAGAUCCGGCGUGAGUAACCAUAGCUAUCCCGGUGCUGUUGCUAGUGCUAUCGGUAAGAACCACAACCUGGGCUUGACUCUCGAUUUAGCCACGGCAAGGACUAGUAAUUCUCGCGGCGAGCGUGCUCUGCCUCCCCCCAACAACAACGAGAGUGAGUACAAAACUCUUAAAAUCAGUGAACUGGGAACUCAGUUGAGCGACGAAGACAUAGAAGACGGACUUUUUCACGAAUUCAAAAAAUUCGGUGACGUGAGUGUCAAAAUAAGCCGCAGCAACGACGAGAGAAUCGCGUUUGUCAACUUCAGAAAGCCCGAGGAUGCAAGAGCAGCUAAACACGCCCGGGGCAGGUUAGUACUUUACGACCGUCCUCUGAAAAUCGACGCAGUGUACAUCAACAGACGGAGAAGUCGCUCUCCAGUUGAGAGAGUUGACAGAGACCCCUAUGUUGGAGCCCCAGGUCACAGACACCUUCACACCCAGAGACCCCUCUCCCCAUCGGGGCUUGGAUACAGAGACUACAGACUACAGCAGCUGGCCCUUGGGCGCCUCCCUCCUCCCCCACUUCCCCCUUUGCCCAGAGACCUAGAGCGGGAGAGGGAGUUUGCCCUGUUUGAAGCCAGGUCGCGCCCAGGUCCAGCUUUCAUUGCAGAGAGAGCUGCUGCUUUCCGCGAGGAGGAUUUUAUCUCUCCCGAGGAUGACCAAAGAGCUAACAGGACGCUGUUUCUGGGCAACUUGGACAUCACAGUCACAGAGACGGACCUGAGGAGGGCGUUUGACAGGUUUGGGGUGAUAACAGAGGUGGAUAUAAAGCCCACACGGGGACAGACCAGCACAUAUGGAUUUCUGAAGUUUGAGAAUCUCGACAUGGCCCACCGCGCCAAACUCACCAUGUCUGGGAAGAUAGUGGGCCGCAACCCCAUAAAGAUUGGCUAUGGUAAGGCCACCCCCACCACACGCCUAUGGGUGGGCGGGCUCGGACCCUGGGUCCCCCUAGCUGCACUGGCCAGAGAGUUUGACCGCUUUGGUACAAUAAGGACCAUUGACUACAGAAAGGGGGACACCUGGGCCUAUAUCCAGUACGAGAGCCUUGACGCUGCUCAGGCUGCGUGCACGCACAUGCGUGGCUUCCCUCUGGGGGGGCCCGAGAGGAGACUCAGGGUGGACUUUGCAGACACAGAGCACCACUACCAGCAGCAGUUCCUUCAGCCUCUUCCUCUACCUCCCUUCGACAUGGUGGCAGAGUCUUUCAUCCACCGCGCCACAGCUGAGCCCCUGAGGGACAGAGAAAGGACUCCACCGCCGCUCCACUUCAGAGAGAGAGAGCUGGGCUUCCCCGGGGCUGAAUGGCCCCCCAACCCGGCUAUGCGUGAACGGGUACGUCCCGGGGCCUUUGAGCCGCCGGACCACCUGCAACGGGACCGGCGGAUGGGGGGGAGGGAGCCCUGGUCUCUGGAGCGAGAGCUGGUGGGGCGCGGCGGCGACCUGGGGCGUAAACGACGCCUCAUGGACGAUGGUCGCCAUCUUGACGUCUCUCCUGACAGCACCGACCGCACGGCACGCCGGCGCAGAGGUGGCCCAUCCCCAGACGGUAGCCCUGAUGGAGGCCGUUUCAGUGACUCAGAGCGCCCCCCUCGCGGCGACGACAGACCCUCCCCUGGACGAGACCGCCGCCCCAGUCUGGAGCGUCCUGGCGGAGGGGACAGGAGACUGAAGAACCAGGGGAAUCUCGCCGAGAGAGGGGCCUCCAGCAGUGGCCUCGCAUCUUCAGCAGGGGAGCGGAAACGUAAAGCCGGCGACAGCAGCAGCAGAGGACCCGGAGCUAAGAGGGAUCGCUCCUCAGACCAGGGCGGCUCUAAAGGCAGUCAGUCAUCCAAGCUGAGCCUGGCCUGGCACGGCAUGUUGCUCCUGAAGAACAGCAACUUCCCCGCCAACAUGCACCUCCUGGAGGGCCACCAGGGCGUGGCCAAGGACCUCCUCGUCGACGGCCCCACGGGGAGACAGGUGGGAGAACUCAAGAUCACCCAGCGUCUCCGCCUCGACCAGCCCAAGCUCGAUGAGGUCUCCAGACGCAUCAAAGCGGCCGGCCCCGGCGGCUACGCGGUCCUCCUGGCAGUUCCUGGUUCCGGUGGCGAGGAGGUGUCGUCGACGGACCCUGCAGCUUCGACCCAGCGUCCUCUCCGCAAUCUGGUGUCCUACCUGAAACAGAAGCAGGCAGCCGGAGUCAUCAGCCUGCCGGUUGGAGGCAGCCGGGAUAAGGAUCACCAGGGUGUUCUCCACGCGUUCCCUCCCUGUGAGUUCUCCCAGCAGUUCGUUGAUGCCUCGGCUAAAGCUCUGGCCAAAACGGACGAGGACUAUCUGGUGAUGGUCGUGGUGCGGGGGCCAUCAUAA